UCCAAGUUAAUCACAAGAAUGCGUGCCGGCACGGCCACUUUCGCAAGGAUAAAAUGCCGCGUUAGCCUUUGGAACCGAAUCUAGUAAGAACAUUUAAACUACUCGCACAAAGAGGACUGCCGAUUCAAAUCUGAUGUCCAAAUAUAGAACAAACUAAUGUUCUCUCGGUGCUCUUUGUGGCUAAUGAUCUUGUUUACGUCUGUGUCAGCUGGUAGCAGUAUACGAAGACCGCGGGGAUAUAUUUGCAAAUAAGUGUGGGGUAUGGCAAGUAUGUGGUACAUAGUCAAAUUUCAUUCGUCGAAUUGGCGCUGGACAAGGCCAGGCUACCUAUCUGAUGCAGAGCAAAGCCGCCACAAACCGACUAGCAAACCCGUUAACAAAAGCUUCCGCCGAUAACACCAAAGUGUGAUUCGGUUAACAACUUUCUUGGCCCAGUGAGUCUCCCUGAGAUCAAAAGAAAUUAGAACAUUUCUACAGCACAACCAAACACCCACCUGCGCUUGCAAUGCUGUGGGGUGAUGUACGUGUGUUAUAAUAUUAAAUCAAAUUUUGCUGUCAUCGACGAAAUCUUCUGUUUCAGAUUUCCUUUACCGGCUUUCCCAAAGCUAGCAGAUUGUUGGGCUAGCCGUAAUAUUGUGACAAAAUUAACAAACUGUCUGGAAUUAUGCAAAUGUUCCCGUUGUGAUCCUUUUCUUAACUUUUAUUGCGUUUUGCUUAUGCCGCUUCGCAACUCCAUGCUUAUGGGUUGACACUAGAGGUCAGAAUUAAGUCGUUCCAGAGUGGCGCCGUUUUCGAUAAUCAUCGCUGAGUGAACGAAAGAGAAAAUCGCAGCGAAUACUUGGGAGUGCAAACGUUUAAACAACCAGCGGGUUUAACAACAGCACUUGCAUGGAUCGUGCUGAAAGCGACGAAUAUUUUUCGGUACUAAAGUCUCUCCUGAACAGUAACAGCGAAAUUCCAGCGACGUCAAUUCGAAAGCAAACACCGCUGGAGAUGGAAUGUUCGUUCAGGUCCAACCCGCAAAAAAACGCGAUUCAAUGCGAACCAGCGCCGUUCCAGCUAGCUGAGCCUCGACCACAUAUGCAGCCAAAAUGGAUCAAUCAACGGAGCGGCGAGGACCCUCCCGGAGCCAUUCUGCAAUCCUCUGUCCAAACUUCCUCGGCGCCUCGCAUUCCCAGAUCCCAAUGCGGGGAAAAGAAGAAAUCUGGAAAUAUUAACACACGCUACAUGUACGAACUCACCCCGAAAGAAAAGCACGAAGUUGUGGAUUUAUUCGACAACGGCCACUCUUGUUCCCACAUUAUGCAAAAGACCAAUCUGUCGGUGUACUCCGUAAAACAAAUACUGGGCGCAGCUGGCCGAGCGGUUAUCUUUAGAAAAUGGGAUCAGGACCGGUACAAUGCGCUGCGGCCGGUUAUUCUGGAGCUGUCUAAACAGGGCUGGUCCCCUCGAGCAAUAACAAAGCGCGUUAAAACUUCCAGGUUAUGGGUGGACAAAAUAUUAAAGGAUGCCGGUCCUUCGGAAACGCCGCCUGUACGAACUUCCCGUAGCCCAAAAAGAAUGAAUCCAUGGAUGGGGCGUCCGCGUGAUCCUGCCUUCCAAGAUGUACACAUGUCUGAUUCCGCUGGCGAAUCAAGCUCUACCAACAGAAUUUUGCUGGAUGAUCGUGACCGUCAGUGCCAAUAUAUGCGCGACACUCUAGAGGACACCGAAAUUUCCAAGGAAGUGACCAGUAUCGCCGAAGAAGCCACCAUAGACAGAAAUGCGCUCGGUGAUCACAAGACCACGGAUAUUCCGGAAAUAUGCUUGAAAACAGACGUUCCAACGGAACAACAUUUCUCCGCCCAGAGAAAACCACAGAGAAAAACCAUGGAAUACUGCAGUAUUUCGGCGGAUGAGUGCGCGGAAAUUCAUUCCAAAAUACCGUUGCUUCCGCCAGAGAAUGCGUAUGUGGACGGUCCAAGUGGAAGAUAUCAGUGUCAGAUUUGCCGCUUAUCCUGGGAAAAAGAGGAACCAUUCCUUUUACAUCUGGCAAACAGAGAGCAUGAAGAGAUUUGUGCAACCGGGAUUUUUUUAUAUUGUACCGGAUGUAAAUUCCGAACCCGAAAGCCGGCGACGAUGGGCAAGCACAUUAUCAAGUACCAAUCGCAAACCACUCCUCCAAACUGUAGCAUGCAUUCCGUUAAAAUGUCGACGGACAAUUGCUAGUUUUAUUGUUCUACGAUCACCGUUUUUGGCAUAUUUUUACGCUGCCAAGAUUAAAGUACUGUUUAUCUGUGUAGUUUUAUUAUUUGCAGUAACAGUGAUCUUUAGUGACUUUCUUAGGCUGUCAUGAUUU